CCGCCUCUGCCCGGAGCCCGGGGACCGAGCGCCGGACCCGCCGCCUGGCGCACGGACGCGCGGCUCCCGCUUUGUGCACCGUGCCGGUUCGGCGAGCUUUCCCGGCGGCUUGCAGCCCCCUUCGUCCCGGCGGCCUCAGAGGCCCGCGGCUGGAGGUGCCGGAGCCGCUCGGUCCGCGCGGUUGAGCCCCCGCGUGCCCCGCUUGCUCGCCGGGCUGCUCCGAGCCGCGGUGCUCCGGGGCUCCAAACUCGGGCUGGCGGGGCAAGUGUCUUCAUGAACCCAGAGGAUGUCCGGGAAGCACUACAAGGGUCCUGAAGUCAGUUGUUGCAUCAAAUACUUCAUUUUUGGCUUCAAUGUCAUAUUUUGGUUUUUGGGAAUAACAUUUCUUGGCAUUGGACUGUGGGCGUGGAAUGAAAAAGGUGUCCUCUCCAACAUCUCGUCCAUCACUGACCUCGGUGGCUUUGACCCAGUCUGGCUUUUCCUCGUGGUAGGAGGAGUGAUGUUCAUCCUCGGGUUUGCAGGGUGCAUCGGAGCACUCCGGGAAAACACCUUCCUUCUCAAGUUCUUUUCUGUGUUCCUGGGGAUUAUUUUCUUCCUGGAGCUCACUGCUGGGGUGUUGGCAUUUGUUUUCAAAGACUGGAUCAAAGACCAGCUGUAUUUCUUUAUUAACAACAACAUCAGAGCUUACAGGGAUGACAUUGAUCUACAGAACCUCAUAGACUUCACCCAGGAAUAUUGGCAGUGCUGUGGGGCUUUUGGAGCUGAUGAUUGGAACCUAAAUAUUUACUUCAAUUGCACAGAUUCCAAUGCAAGCCGAGAGCGAUGCGGUGUGCCCUUCUCCUGCUGCACUAAAGACCCUGCGGAAGAUGUCAUCAACACUCAGUGUGGCUAUGAUGCCAGGCAAAAGCCAGAAGUGGACCAACAGAUUGUAAUCUACACGAAAGGCUGCGUGCCCCAGUUUGAGAAGUGGCUACAGGACAAUUUAACCAUUGUGGCUGGUAUUUUCAUAGGCAUUGCAUUGCUACAGAUUUUUGGGAUAUGCCUGGCACAGAAUUUGGUGAGUGACAUUGAAGCUGUCAGGGCUAGCUGGUAGAACCCUGCCACCACUGCUGCACGACACUGGACUGACCCCCUCUCUGACUGACCUUCCAUGUGCUGGCUGAUGGUGGGCUGCAGAGACCUGGUCACAGGCCUGCAGUCCCACCCCACGGAGCUGCCGAGAACUUACUUUCUGUGGGGGUGAAGCUGGGAAGUGCCGCUCACAGAUGGAACUCUUAAAAAAAGAAAAACAAAAACAAAGCAAAACAAAGCAUUGUGAAAGUCACCGAGUCUGUGCCAUGGAUCUCUACCGUGGCCGUGAAUGGAUGGACAAACAGAUGGAUACUACAGGAAGGGAAAAGGGGGGGUUGGGCACUUCAUGUACUUGAAUUUACGGAGAAUACAGUGCUGUCCACAUCUUGGCUAAAACUUAAUCCCUUACCCCCCAGGGCCAUGUAUCUUGGAGUCUCUCAAUGCACAUUUCUAGAAACUGUUGGCAACUGUCAUCCAGAGAAGAAAACAGUUGUCCUCUGUGUUCAGAUUCUGAGUCGGGCAGGAUGGGUCCAGUUGUGGCAUAUGCUCUCUGGCCUGCCUAUCCCAUUAAGAGAGCUGGGCAUUUGGCUGCAGCCCAUCUGGUGGCGGAGGUUGUGAGCCACGUUUCCUUUGAGUGGCCAGCCUGAGCUUUAGCAAUGACAUCCAAGGAGAAAAUGAGGUUAAUGGGAGGCACUGAUGAAGCACCCCCUCACCCCACCUCACCAAGCCCAUGGUUGGGUUCUUCUGAUAUUCUGAAAUACUCUGGGCUGCGUUUUUGUGUUUUGCUUUCUUUUUUAUUGGUUGUUACUUUGGUUCUUUUCUGUGUCCCAAAGGCAAAGGCUAUGACACAGUCCUCUGUAAUGGUUUCCUAGUCAACUUAAAAUAGUAAGUUUUUGUAUGAUCUUCACCCGCAUGUGCUGUGACCCCGAAUCCACCAUGUUCUUCUCCAAGGAACACUUGAGAGUGUUCAUCAGUGUUUGUGUCAUUGGUCCCCAGCCCUGGGUGGUUGUGGCAUGUUGUCCUGGCCAUGUCUUCAUAUGCCCCGGCUCCCUGUCCUCAUUGAAUGAUAUAAAGUUCCGAAGCAGGGUUGACAGCAGUCAAAAGCAUAUAAUGAGUUUUUUUUUUUCUCUUUUUUUGCAACUUUAGUUUUGUCAUAUAUUAAAAAUAAAAAACAAGCCUAGUAUAGUGCAUGGCCAGAGCUCUGUCCUCGCUGAGGUGGCCUCGGGUUGGUGACAAAGCACAAAUACUUGAAGGGCUGCACUGAGGCCCAGCCCGGGGUUCUGUGACGCUAGGUGGGAAGCCACCUUCAGGCUCCUCUCCUGCCUCGUGCCCACCGGGAAGGUGGAUUUGGGCCCAGCUUGUGACAUCCCUUGGAUGUUGCUUUUCACGGGGAGCAGAGUUUAGUCUGUGGGUCACUGGGAGGACCACCGCCUCGCUGAUGGCAGCUCCGCAUCCCGCCAGCCAGCGUUCUGAGCGGAGGUGGAGCACGGGCUCUCGUUUCUGCCGCAUGCGCACUGCUGUGGCUGACCAACACGGUCUCCUUGGAGCGCCGACAACCAAGCCCUCGUCUGAAGUCUCAUCUCUCCAGUCCGGUGCGCGGGGCUCUGCAUGUUUGUGUUUGUGUCCGCUGUAGGUAGAGAUAGUCAUUCCAUGCGUGGACGUGAGGUCGCGUGGCUUCACCCCUGCCCAUCCCACGGCCGCCGUUUGUAAUGUCCUCCAACACGGACCCCCGUGCUCUCGGAUUGGCGCUUCUGUCUUCUUUAUUACCUCAUCCUCCAGUGAACUGCUUCUGGCCAGUUGAUGCAGAACCAGGCAAGACCCCCACCCUGUGGGCACAUCCAGUGAAAGCCAAAACACAAGCCCGAGUGAGUUUUCAAUUUUAAUCACCCUUUAUUUUUUACACUCGAGAGUGAUUGUAAUAAAAGCUGUCAUUAAUAAACUUGGUUCUACCUUA